GCAUAUGAACUAUUUCAAGGACCGCUGGUGCGUUGGGCACAGGGCAGGGUUCUAGCAUACCCGAUGCAGGCCCCGCCUACUGCCGUUAUGGUGCACGGCAUUCUGGGAAACAGGAAGAACAUGGCCAGCUUUGCAAAAAUGAUUGUGGAGGGUUUUCCCAGCUGGCAGGUAUUGCUGGUAGACCUCCGCUGCCACGGAGAGUCCGCCUCGCUGCCCACUCGCCCCGUCGGACCGCACGGCGUGACGGCAGCUAGCGGUGACGUGCUGGAGCUGCUGCGGGAGCUGAAGCUGUUUCCGAGGGUUCUCAUUGGCCACUCGUUUGGGGGCAAGGUGGUCAUGAGCAUGGUGCGCCAGUUUCCGCAGCGCCUGCCGCGACCCGUGCAGGUGUGGGUCUUGGACUCCCUUCCCGGGGAGGUCCGCGCGGGAGGCGGCCCGCAGGGUGGCGACCACCCCGGUGCGCUCAUUGGCUUCCUGCGCUCCAUUCCCAUGCCGGUGGCGAAACGUAGCGACGUGAUUGACAUGGUGGUGAAAGCAGGCUUUUCCUCCAAUGUCGCUCGUUGGGUGGUGACGAAUCUGCGGCCCGUGCGGGAGGGUACAGCGUACGGCAGCGGGCCCGUGACGUGGACGUUUGACCUGGACGGCAUAGCGGAGCUGUACAGCUCCUACGAAAGCACGCAGCUCUGGGACCUGGUGCAACGGCCGCCGGAGGGGCUGAAGCUGGACUUUGUAAAAGCGGAGCGCAGCACCUUCCGGUGGGGCGGUCCCGACGAGGCAGCCAUCACCGGAGCCGGCCACGGAGUGCACCUGCUGCCCAACAGCGGACACUGGGUGCAUACGGACAAUCCGCUGGGACUGUACGACAUUCUGGCACCUUCCUUUGGCGGCAGCAGCGAUCUGAAGCAGUGGCGCUCGAACGCGGUGCGGCACGCGUGA